AUCCGACAGCUUGUUCGUUGAAAGGGGGGAAAAAAGUAAGAAACAAACGAGGAAGCUUAAUCAAUCACUAAUCAAUCAAACUUUUAUAUAUGCAUUGUCUUCGCUUCUGCUGUGCUCUGGCGGUUUCAGGUUUUAGAGUAGGAGUUCUGUGGCUAACAGGGACAUCCCUCGGUUCCCACACAGCUUCUAUUCUUCCAAGUGUUUGUUUUGGUGGUCCCUCGCAUACACACAACAGCCUCCUCCUCCUUCAAACAAACCAAAGUUUAAGGCUUUCGCAUGGGUUCCGUGAACGACGAUGUUCGUCAGCCGUUGUUGCCGCGUAGCGACCUUCCGACUUCGUCGGAUCAAUCUUUCACGUCCAAGCACCACUCUAAUGCCGACCUCGAAAGAAUCCUCUCCGAUUCCACCGUCCCUUUCCGGCGCCGUCUCGGUCCCGCCACUUGGAUCGAGUUCAAGCUCCUCUUCUACCUGGCCGCUCCGGCCGUCGUCGUCUAUUUGAUCAACUACGUCAUGUCCAUGUCCACCCAAAUCUUUUCCGGCCACCUCGGCAACCUCGAGCUCGCCGCUGCUUCCCUUGGCAACACCGGCAUCCAAAUCUUUGCAUAUGGCCUCAUGCUGGGCAUGGGAAGCGCCGUGGAGACGCUGUGCGGACAAGCUUACGGUGCCGGUAAGUACGAAAUGUUAGGAGUUUACUUGCAGAGAUCGACAAUCCUGCUCACGUUAACAGGAAUACUGUUGACCGUCGUGUACGUCUUCUCCGAACCCAUUCUGAUAUUACUGGGAGAAUCGCGGAGGAUUGCUUCCGCUGCUGCAGUCUUCGUGUAUGGCCUGAUCCCUCAAAUCUUCGCUUACGCUGUGAACUUCCCCAUACAGAAAUUCCUUCAAGCUCAGAGCAUAGUGGCACCGAGCGCGUACAUAUCAGGAGGCACCCUUGUGAUUCACCUGGUGUUGAGCUGGGUUCUUGUGUACAAGGCUGGGCUGGGAUUGUUGGGGGCGUCGUUGACGUUGAGUUUGUCGUGGUGGAUUAUUGUGAUAGCACAGUUUGUGUAUAUUGUGAAGAGCGAAAGGUGUAAGUACACGUGGCAAGGGUUCACGACGCAAGCAUUUUCGGGGUUGCCGGAGUUCUUCAAGUUAUCGGCGGCGUCCGCGGUGAUGUUAUGCCUGGAGACCUGGUACUUCCAGAUUCUGGUUUUGCUGGCGGGUUUGCUCCCUGAUCCUGAAAUUGCCCUCGAUUCCCUCUCCAUCUGCACCACAAUAUCCGGAUGGGUGUUCAUGAUAUCUGUUGGAUUCAACGCAGCUGCAAGUGUGAGAGUGAGCAACGAGCUGGGAGCAAGACAUCCAAAAUCAGCAGCAUUCUCUGUGGUGGUGGUGACGAUCCUAUCGUUCAUCAUAUCUGUUAUUGUGGCGGUGGCCGUGCUCAUUUUACGCGACGUGAUCAGCUAUGCCUUCACAGAAGGUGAAAUCGUUGCCGCUGCUGUCUCUGAUCUUUGCCCUCUCCUCGCACUUUCUAUCGUCAUCAACGGCAUUCAGCCUGUUCUGUCAGGUGUGGCUGUUGGUUGUGGAUGGCAAGCUUUUGUUGCAUAUGUAAACGUGGGCAGUUAUUAUGGAGUUGGCAUACCAUUAGGUUGCAUCAUGGGUUUUGUCUUCAAGCUCGGUGCCAGGGGAAUAUGGGUGGGAAUGCUGGGUGGCACGAUCAUCCAAACAAUCAUUUUGCUUUGGAUCACACUUAAGACGGACUGGAAUAAAGAGGUUGAGGAAGCGGUGAAGAGGUUGAACAAGUGGGAGGGCAAGGAGGGACCACUUCAAAAGAAUUGAAAUACGCUGCGUUAGUCCAUUCAAGACGGCCUUCCUCCCAUCUUUAAUUUUUCGCUCCAUCCAAUAUUUGUAUGGAGAGACGCCUUUUUUUCUUUAAAAAAAAAAAUUAAUAAAAGGAUGAUUCAAUCACUCCACUAAGAUUACAAUACAGUUGCAUCAAACUGCACUUUUCUUUCCCCUUCCUCAAUAAUCAGUAGCGCCACUGUAGGGCGAUGCCCUUGAUAACAACGUGGCCUUCCACAA